GAAUCUACAAAGGACAUUGCUUCCGAAUCAACCACUUCCCUGAAGACAAUGACUAUGACCAUGACAGCUCAGAAUACCUUCUCCGCGUUGUCCGUGCCUCUAGUGUGUUCCCCAUCCUAAGCACAAUAUUGCUGCUGCUGGGAGGACUCUGUGUCGGAGCAGGAAGGAUUUACAACAGCAAAAACAACAUUAUUCUCAGCGCUGGGAUUCUCUUUGUUGCAGCAGGACUAAGUAAUAUCAUAGGGAUCAUUGUCUACAUAUCAAGCAAUGCAGGUGACCCAAGUGACAAGCGAGAUGAGGACAAAAAGAACCAUUACAACUAUGGUUGGUCUUUUUAUUUUGGAGCCUUGUCUUUUAUUGUGGCCGAAACCAUAGGUGUUCUGGCUGUGAACAUUUAUAUUGAGAAGAACAAAGAGCUGAGGUUUAAGACCAAGAGGGAAUUCCUUAAGACUUCUUCCAGUUCUCCUUAUGCCAGGAUGCCAAGUUAUAGGUACAGGAGGCGGAGGUCCAGAUCCAGUUCUCGAUCUACAGAGCCUUCUCCAUCUAGAGACAUUUCUCCGGUUGGCAUGAAGAUAGCAAGCACCAUUCCCAUGAACGAAAUUUCCAUGUACACUUUAUACCCUCUUUCCAGAGAGCCUAUGAAGGUUACAACGGCUGCCAGCUACAACGCAGACCAAGAAGCCAGUUUUCUGCAGGUUCACAACUUCCUUCAGAAGGAAUUUAAGGAAGGACUCCACGUCAACAUGGUCAACAGGAGAACGACGCCUGUUUGAAGUACCUUCCUUCCUCGCGCCUUUUGAAGAAAUACCGAAACAGAAUGGAUCUGUCAUGAAAGAGAAGGAGCGAUGUUAAAAUACCCUCUCACCUCUUUAAUUGUGGCAUGUGUUGAGGUAGUAAGUGGAGAUCCUCUGGACCAACAUAAAGAUAUUACAUGCUCGUAGCUUUUUUUGAAGCUAUUUGGAGUUUGUUUCUUUCCGUUCUUGGUGUCACGAGAUGAAGGCAGUUCAUGUUCCUGCACUUUUGUACUGUAUACAAAGUCUUGGAGAAACUGCAAAGGACUUGCCACCAGUGUGUUUUAAAGGAUUACAGAAAAAUUGUUGUACGACUUUCUUUUUUCUAAUAUUGAGAUCCCUUAAUACAAACUUGCAAAUAUGAUUUAUAACCAAGCCCAAGGAUGAAUACGAACUACUCAUCAAGUGAGCCGCUUUCCUUUGACACAGCAUAAGCUUUGCCUGUUAAAAAA